GAAGGGGCAAACGAGAAUCGGGGUUAGGGUUAAGGCUGCGCUUGAAGCGAGACAUUACAGGCAACUGACAGGCACCUGCCCGUGCACGAGCCAUCUGCUUUUCACAGCAUUUGCACGACACUUUUGCCCCGCCACGUGACGCACAAAUUUCGAAAACCAUCUGGGCUCGAAUUCGACGGAGCACUUCCCACGAACCUGCGACCGAACACACAGCACAGACAAUAUCGAGGCGGUAUCCUCGAAAUCAUUGCCCAAGAUGUCUCUGGUGUCCGGCGAGAAGAGCAACUUCAACCACAUCUUGCGUCUGCUCAACACCAACGUUGACGGCAAGCAGAAGGUCGUUUACUCCUUGACCAAGAUCAAGGGUGUCGGUCGCCGCUACUCCAACCUCGUCUGCAAGAAGGCCGAUGUCGACCUGAGCAAGCGUGCCGGUGAGCUCACCUCUGAGGAGCUUGAGCGCAUCGUCACCAUCAUGCAGAACCCCACUGCCUACAAGAUCCCUGCUUGGUUCCUCAACAGGCAGCGCGAUAUCGUUGACGGCAAGGACUCUCAGAUCCUCGCCAACGGUGUUGACUCCAAGCUCCGUGAUGAUCUUGAGCGCCUCAAGAAGAUCCGCGCCCACCGUGGUCUCCGUCACUACUGGGGCCUCCGUGUUCGCGGUCAGCACACCAAGACCACUGGCCGCCGCGGUCGUACCGUCGGUGUCUCCAAGAAGAAGGGCAACUAAAUCUGUGCGGGCAUAUUCGGCGCUGCUUUUUCUGGGUUAUUGGUGGUGUUAUUCCGAGACGGGCAGUCAUGGACAUCUGGGACUGA